AUGCCCAAAGUAACCAGUGCACAGGUAUUGGAAAGGGUGCCAAACAUCAGAUUGACUGAUGGUAUGAGAAUACCGAUCAUAGGUUUGGGUACUUAUAAUAUCCGGGAGCAGAAUGUGAUGGAUCAGGUCAUAGAGGAUGCCAUUGAUGUCGGUUACAGACAUAUAGAUACGGCUUAUGAGUACAAUAACGAGAAUUUGAUUGGAAAGUCAAUAAGAAAACUAAUGGAUAGACAGAAAAUAGAGAGAAACUCAAUUUUCGUGACGAGUAAAGUGUGGAAUACUUUCCAUCGAAGGCGUAAAGUAGUGGAAGGCAUGAGACUGUCGCUCAAGAAUCUGGGAUUAGAUUACUUGGACUUAGCUUUAGUCCACUGGCCUAUGGCU